CUCGUACUUCUUCAAUCUGCUUACCAGAUGCUUGCCAUAUCUAACAGCGUGUGCCGACGUCCAGAAAAAUCAAAAUGAAAUUUCGGGAAUCAAGGGGAUUUAAUCGCCGCCUAAUUGACUGCCUUAUUUGUUGGUCUCACAGUGCGAAUACAAAGAAAGUUGAAAACUCGUUUCUCAACUCUAAUGCUAAUAAGAGCGUGACAGUCCGUGAACUUUGCCAGACAUCUGCUAACCUCGGCUAAACUCGAUAUAUCCUGAAAGUAUUUCCGUUUCUUAAGCUAUAUUCUCCCUGUAACAAAUUUUGAUUUGAACUUGGGGCGAGGGCACAUACUGUUCCAAAGCCAGGUGGCACAAACAAACUUGCAUAAUAUUUUGCAAAUAUCGUACGCUCCGAGUGCGCAUCGAAUCGCAGUGUCAAUUUGUGGUCGGUUAGAUAAAGGUGUAAAUUGAAUCUUUCUGAGCGCUGAUAUGCAGAUAUAAUAAACUUUUGUCCGCGCUGGUUUCCGGUAACACCAUUAACCCUGUGUAGAAUCAUUUGGUGAGAGAACUUUAUAAAGUGAUCGACGCACGUUUUUAUACCGCAGGAUACGCAGUGAAGGUACAGCAGCCGAACUGGGGCAAUCUACCGAGGCCUACUGAAAACAUCUCAGCAUCGGCGAGGAUUUGAAACAAUGUGCUUCGCCACGAGCCUGGUGUGUGUUGUCUGUUUUCUCGAACUUGUCUUUUAUUGCUCUGGAUCUGUACAUGUGGCCAAGUUAUCUCCAAUAAGAGUGGAAUUAGGGCGAUCGGUGUUUGUGGAUCCGGUUCACGAUCUCCAAAUCACUUUUCCCGAAGGAGCGAUUUGUGAGGUUGUCGUCUUACGAAGUGACCCCUUGUCGCAGCGAGUCGGUUUUCUAACGCCCGAUGUGUUCCCGUGCGAUUUCUCGCUCGGUGACGUUCAGUACUCUCACUUGGGGUCCAUGUUUUUUCUCCAGGAUUUUGUUAAGCUGCAAAUUCGUGUCGACACCGACAACGAGACUCGUUUGAUUCCCCUCAAUCUUCAUGUGACAGUUUUGUUCACGGAUAUGGAAAUCGUCAAACUCAAUCGACCCAUCACGGUGGAGGAAAUCGGUGGCACGUCCACAAUAAACGGCGACGUCCUCGCCUUCAAACAGGACCCGACCAAGAUAUGUUCCGUAACUCUGCUUGAUAUCAAAAGUGGAGUGAUUCCGCGCUACGGUGAGCUUGUUAACGUGACGAAAGGCAACGGGACCUCUGCACAGUUCGAAUGCGGCGAGUUUUUACGGUCCAAUAUUUCUUAUCAACACACCAAACGCUCUUCGUCAAACAAAGAUUUUAUUCCCUUGGUCGUAGAGAUGAUUGACCCGAACACUGACAGUAUCACAAGGGAGUAUUUUCAGAUCAUUGUGCGAAUAAUGGGCGCGCGCUCGAAUCAGAGACCCGUGGCUUCCUUCGAAGCUUCUCAUUCCGUCGAGGUGAGUCAGUACUCCAUCGCGCCGAUAACAUCUGACAUUUUAGCUGCCUCUGAUACUGAAACCGAAGCCGGUGAGAUAAUUUUUAACAUCACUCAGGCGUUGCAAUCACACGAAGGCUCUUUGAUAAACACAGAUGACCCUUAUCAGCCGCUCACUGCAUUUUAUCAAAGAGAUAUCGCGCAGCUCAAGAUUGCGUACAAGCCACCCUCUGCACAGUCCGACCAACUGCGUAUGUUUCGGGUGGUUUUGGAGGCAGUUGACACAGAAGGCGCUAAAUCUGAACCAAUUAGACUCCUGAUCAUGGUGAAGCCGACCAACAACAAAGCACCUUUUAUCACAAAAAACGCCGGUCUGAGUCUAUUCGAGGGCCAGUCACGCACAAUUACAGAUCAGUUCAAUCUGGCCAUCUCAGAUAAAGACAACUUUAACGACGUUAAGCUGCAAGCAAUUAGCGGUCUACGACACGGUGAGCUUAGAAUCAUGGGUCAUAAGAUAGACACUUUUAUGGCGACCGAUUUGGAAAUACCUGUUAUAACCUAUCACCACGACAAUUCGGACUCAUACAGUGACAAUAUAAUUUUCCGUAUGACCGAUGGCAAAAACGAGGUAAAGUUUUUGUUCCCAAUUACAAUAGGUUCUGUGGACGAUACUGCACCGACACUUGUUCGCAAUACAGGCCUAGUAUUGGACGAAGGGGAUAUUGCAGUGAUCGACCAAUAUAUGUUAAGUGCGACUGAUAUUGACUCUGAAGACAGUAAGAUUCUGUUUAGAGUCGUCGCGAUUCCAAACUUCCAGCGCGACGCACGCUCCGCGCUAUAUUCAGCAAACAAGGUCGGUGUUUUGUGCUUAAGGACAAAAACUCCACCGGAGGGAGAUGCCGACAGGUGGAUUCUGAAACAAGAUGGCUUCUUUGAACAGAACGUGACUCAGUUCUCUCAGUAUGAUAUAACAAACAGAAGGCUUUACUACCGACAUCUUGGAGGGGAGUAUUUUCAUGAUGAAAUCGCGUUUGUCUUGUCUGAUCAGGCAGAAGUCCCAAACGUGUCUCCGAUUAAAACGUUCCGAGUCACUAUCCGUCAAAUUGAUGAUCUUCCUCCAUCACCGUUUCCUGGCUCCCCAAUGGAGUUAACCGCUGACGAAUAUGGACAGAUGGCGCUCAGUCAGGAGGUGUUGCGCUACGCAGAUAGAGAUUCUAACGACGACGAUCUUAUGUUUUUCAUUACGAAAGAACCGUACUUCAUCAAUGAUAGCCCGAACAUCACGUCUUUUGCGGGAGAAAUCCUGUUUUCCGACACUAACGAAAAAGCUUCAAAAUUCACGCAGCUUCAAGUGCGGCAUAAAAAAGUAACCUUUAAAUCACCUAACUUAGAACUCGGAACCAAAACUAGAUAUGUCCAGUUCGACUUUUCUGUAUCGGACCUGUCGGGUAAUACGAUCAAAGACCAAACCUUCCGUAUUGCCCUGAAGCCGGUUAAUAACCAAGCCCCCAGGCCAGUUGUGACACCGCUAAAAGUACGAGAAUUCAGUGAAACAAUUCUUGGAAAGGAACAUUUAACCGUGUUAGAUGAAGACACUCCUAGAAGCAAAAUAUCGUUUACGCUGAUAACUGUGCCCCGUUACGGUACCUUUCUCAAAGAUGGCCAGGAAGUGCAACAAAGUGACGCAUUCACCGCCCGGGAUGUUGAGACUUCCCGAAUGUCUUAUCGGCACGUGGUCAGGGGCGAGGCUAGUGACGAGCUUGGAUUGAAAGUUGAUGAUGGCGUGCAAAAAGCCAGCUUCCUGUUAGAAAUAGGUGAGUUAAAAAGAUUUGUUAUCUACAUUUUACAAAGGGACUGAAGUGGAGGCGUGGCAUGGGUCGAGUGGAUUACAUAAAAUCGCUGUUCGGUGCAAUCCUUCUGGCGCCACGCCAAGCCUUCGAUGAGAUACUGCACGCAUUGUGCUGCACUUUAAAUUUUUGCUUGGGGAAAUACAACGACCGUAGGGGUGAUUUUUGGAGGGCAACUUUUUCACUCCGUUUUUGCUAUAGAACAUAAAUACUACGCCGGGGUCGAAUCGAGUUUUCAUCUUGAUAUUCGACAUUUCUUUUUUCUCUCUUCGUUUUUUCUACUCUUUUCCAAACAAGCUGGUUUUUUUAUGUCUUUUGGGCCGAUUUAGAUUUACCAAGGAACGAGAACUGCUUAUAAUUCGUCAUAGAGUAACGUUUGGCUUAUUAUUUGACUAGACAAAACUAAACAAUCCUGCGAUCAAGCGUUCUUUUCUUUUUCGUCCACUUUCGCUCCUCAGAAUUAAGCUGAAAAAAACGCAAGAUCACAGGUUAAAAAAUAGUAUGAAAAUAUAACAAACUCGGUUUAAACACCAAGGUCCGCCCUCCUCCACUUAAUUUUUAAGGUGAAGUGGCUUUUUUUUCAAAGCAAAGGCAAACAGAUGCUUAUUUUCUGAUCUAAAAAUUGUAUAUUUAAUUCCUGAGUCGUAAGCUUUACUAAGAAAGGCAAAAUUUAGCUAACGAGAUCACUGGAUAACUAUGAAGUGGCUUUUGAAAGUUCAUUAUGUUAUCUCUGUUAAAACCUAAUUCCGAGAGACGAAAUCUCAUUAAUAUUUGUUUGACUACUCGAUUACUCCGUGUGAUAUAAUUUGGAAAACAGUAAAGCAAUGUUGGACGCUGUCAGAAUCCCGACGCCAUUUUUCAUUAGUGAUUCUUUGUUGUCAUAGUUUAUGGUUGUUUUUAUCUCCAAGGCCGACAUUGUUUGCAUUCUAUAUGUCCCCCACUUUCUCGAUCUAAAUAACGUCGUUUUUCCGGCUUAAACUUAUCGAUUCAAUGCCUUUCUUAAAAAUUAUGAAUAAAUGGGUGUCUCAAAUGAGUCAGUUGUAAGUAAUAAUGCUGGAUUCGGUAUACUGUUAUCCUUGGUUGUAAAAAUUAAACAUGUUUUCUGAGCUUAAAUAAUUAAGUUAAUUUUAUUGGUUGAAAAAUUGCGGUUUAGAAUGAUUGAAUUCUUUUACUUCUUUCCGAAGUAGUCAUGAACUGUCAUGAACUGUCAAACGGAGCUAUACGAACAGCCUGUUUCUCACCGAAAAGAUUUCGUGCUGAAACUCAAUGAUGAAGAAGUUAAGGUCAGUUUGCCUGAACGUCGUUGUGUUGAAUACUGUCUUUUCACCAGAUACUCACAAAUGGAUUAGAUGUGGGCCAGGAGAGGAAAAAAAAAACAAUGACAACAACAACGCAGACAUUUCGUGCUUAAAAUGCGGGUGGGGAAAUUGCAUCAAUUAAGCGUAAAAAUCUGAUGACAACAGUACUUAGUGUUUCAAAAUGAAUUUCUAUUUUUGACUUGUUGCCAAAUUAACCUUUCGUCCAGUUUAGUGGUUUUUGUAAGCUUUUUUCAUCUUGUGCAAGUAGGGUGUGUCGAAAUUCCUUGUCAUGUUAGCAUUAGAAAUUAAACGAUGGUAGUCUUUCUAGCUGAAUAUCACGCAACUUGUCAUGUGUAUUAGAGAUUGUCCGAAAAUGACCGAUUUUGACCGAGAGGUAGCUUGAUUUCGACUGUGAACGUUUUUAGUUUGACCAAGUGUUUUGAAUCGUCACCUGGAAAAAAGACUGACUUAUUUGUGUUUACUAAAAUUUUUAUUUUGUCAAGACAUAACGACGGCUGGUAUGGCAUUACCUUCAAAAUUAUGUUUUACCUAGCUUCCGCAAAACAACUUUCUCUUUCCUCUAUGACAAUCCGUGAAAGUUAAAUUGUUUAUAACUAUAAGUGCGACUGGCUUCAACUGUCCUCGGCUGGAAUUAAGAUUCACGAAAAUUUGACAUCGUAGAGCACGGUUAGUGCUCGCUCUGUGAUCGUUUUCGUGCAAUCCAGAACGAAUUAUUUGAGUUUUGAAGUUUUAAGUUUUGAGGAGAGGAAACACGGAAGGAUACGGAGAAAACCGGCGCAAGGAAUCCGGAGAAAGGGCAACACACUCAACCCGCAUAUGGCGUUGACUGUUGGACACAAACGUGAACCAUAGUUCUAGAAGAGCGAAUGCUUUUUAUUUCGGAUUCACUAACUUAAUUAUAAGGACCGUCAAGACUUUCCAGUCAAAGAUAAUUAAAGACAACCCAAAGAACAAAAGUGGCUCAGUGUUUUUCGUUAAAAAAAUGAGCCGGUUUUUCAGUUGUCGAGAUCAAACAUUGUGAUUUUUCCUUAUAAGGGCGUAUUUCGUUCCCUGCGUGAAAGAAAUCGAUAAGGGAAAUUGCCGGCAUACCCCAUACCCUCCUCAUUCAAAACUACUUAAAAUCCCUCGUUUAUCGCUCUUAUCUACGGAUAUCUUGUGGUAGAAAAUUGCAUAAGCGUGUUCUGAUAAGCCAGGGACAGAACUCUUGGCCUAAGAGUUUCUUCACAUGAAAAGAAUUCAAUCCGCUCGGCCUCACUUAUGUUUCCCACAGGGAAAAGAAAGAGGCAGUUUGAGAAAGUAUUCAGGGUUCGAGUCUUUUGUUAUUUUCACAUUUUUUGCUUUUUAAUUCUAAUAUUAACCCACAUCAGUCGGAACUCAUAGCUUGCAGCCUAAUAAAGACUUUUUAAGUGUUCAAGGCGCGUUUCGUUUUUGCUGCAAAAAGUAGUGUUAAAAAUGACAGAUACUUGUCCAUCCUUGAAGUGAGCAAAACUAGUUAACUAUGUCCCCGAUAAUUCUCAUGAUAAGUUGAUUAACAUUCAAUAUGCCAAGCCGAUUAUGGUAUGAGGAAGUUUGUUUUGAUUAUUUUAAAGCAAUACCACGCUUCUAUUUGAGGAACAUGGCAUGAUUUUUUCCUGUUCGGCAUUUUUGUUGCGGUAAAUUUGAAUCGAACACAUGAUUAACUCAUCGAGCAAUUGCAAGAAGCAAAUGAAGUUUUUCGGUGUUGCAAAUCUUUCCUCAUUUUACUAUAGGCGGUUGAUAGUCUGUCUUUUCCAGUAUUGAAAAGAUAAUUGUACCUUUUAUCUUCAACAACAAAUACAGUUUCAAAGUUUUCUUGCUAUUCAAUCAACCAAAGAAACGCAAGAAAGGGGCCAGUUGACAUUCGCUGUGCCCCUGUCAAAACACGAGACUUUACCAUUGCAAGCAAAACACAUUUCACAUUACUUGCAUUCAAGAAAGACCUAGAGUAUCACUGAGACAUAAGACUACUGAAUUGGAAAGCUAAAAAAUCACGAGCCUUGUCACUACAAUCGUAUUUAAGUAUUUGUUGAUUUGUUAUCACAACAUACGACAUUAUUUUCACAGGUGGGUUAGCUUAUAUUUGUAACCGUGCGCUUUUCGUGAAAUGUGCUAGGAUUUUCUUUCGAGCUUUCAUUGCGAUAAACCUUUAAAUAUCUGAAACUUUAGUCACCUGGAUAAAACCCCUUAAUCUACGCUAAACUGAUUAACUUUCACACGAACGACUGUAAUCGCUGACUAAAAAUAAAAUGAUUUUUUCUGCUAAUUUUUUGCUUGUCCCAGUUGUAGAAGACGCAGUUACAUGUUUCAGCUUUUUGAAACGAUACUUCCCCAAGAUUAUGUCACUAGCACACUUUUCGUGACUAGAGGUAACUAUUGUUAGACACAACUAAUUUCUUUUCUAAACCGGAGACAUGGGUUGUUCUCUAAUAGGAUUAAAGCAAUUGUUGUUAGCACCUCGAAAUCAGACAAGUCUUUUAGUGCAUGGAAAAAUUUUAAUGCUACAGCUUGUUCACUACCUUAAAGAAAGUUUCUUUUUUAAAAAUAAUAAUGAUAAUAAUAACAAUUUUAUUGAACUGUAAAUAUAUGUACAUAAUUUACAGAAAUAUUUGAAGUAAGAAUUAACCACUAUACAACAUUGACAAUUAUAUAAAUCAUAAAAAUGCAAUCACUGUGUCAGUAACGAUUUCCCAAAUACAUUCCCUGCGGCUCAGAUGCGAUCCGGCAAUAACUCUUGCAGGCAGUCCAGCGUUUUCAGUUAAGUCAUGACAAAAGAAAAUUAUCCGUCUCUGAUAUUAUGAAGAAACAAGUUAAAAAGAAUAACAUCUCGUAUUGCUAAAUUCCUAAUUCUUUAAAAAAGUUCCGAAAAAAAAAAGGUUAAUUCGGGUAGGCUCUCAUGUUUUCGAUCUGUAAAUCUGAGUCAACAAAGUCUAGCUGUCGUCUUCGGGAUCUUGAGCCUCUAAAGCAUAGUAUCGCAGAGCGUACGAUGGCGAAAGACACUUUAGCUCUUAGAAACUUAAUUUAAUCUCCUUAUUCUUUUAAAUGUGGAGAAUAAACGUGGACAGUACUAGACUAAAUUUGCGUGGGAGUAGUUCAGUUGACACAUGUAUUCAACGAAGUGUAACUCCACUGAAGAAUCUCACUGAAUACAAUGUUUUGGUGCGUGCGUAGUACGGAUUUAUGACGGGACUAGGGUUGUCGAGCGAGAUUAGGGAGCAACUAAGACGUUGACUGUAGGGCAAACGUCAGUAUAAAUGAAUUUGCGUUCUUUCAAACUUUAACGUGUUUCUUUAGCCCCGCGCAAUUUGAAGGCGAAUUAUCUUAAUGUUGAAUUCUUAAGGACAAGAAUACUACGUUGUCGUGCGUUCGCUUCCUCCAUAAAACGUCGUAUGUAUUAGGAUGUUUAACGUCGAAGUCUCUUAUGGACGUCAAAACAAAAAAAAAAGUGUGCUGACCUUGGGUUGAAGGGCUCGGUUCAUCCCAUUAAAAGCACUUCAUCCCAAACCCAGGGCUGUUAUUUUACAAUUGUUUUUUUUUCGUCCUUCCAACCAUCGUCAUUGUGGUUGUUUAAGCUGCCUUUUAUCUUCUCUACGGAUAGUUUAGUGUAAGUCUGGAAAAAAUGACUUUCGGCGAAAGAUUAGUCUUCCAGCUUGAAAAGUCGACAGUCAGUAAUAACAGUUCAGUUGCCGGAAUGUUCGUUUCUUAUCUUAGUUAAUAGCAAAACAUAUCGAAUGAAGAGCGCAUUAGGACAGUUUUCUGUUGCUUAGUACAAAAUUCCUGUCUCAUCAGCCCACGCUCGCGUGUGGGAGUGUUACUUUUUGCAUAAUCUUGCGCGCGAAACCCAGACGGAUCGUUCCAUAAAGCCAAUAAUCGCACGCUACGCUCACAGGGCGAAAGUUCGAGAAAGCUUUUGUAAAACGGUGCUCUCCUAAGGCGAUUCUGAAAUAUUUAGGAAGUUUAGUACAAGAAACGUUCUCUUUUAAAGGUGAGAAAAAAAAGUAUUCUGCGACAAAUGCCUCCUGAAAUUUUCGUGGGAUCUUAAAAACCUUUUUAAUUCCUCCCAGCAGCAUUAUUUCCUCAGUCAAUUUUUUUUAACGAUUUUUAAAGCAAAUGCUAGAAUUGUUUUAUCUAGGCUUACGAAUACAUCGUUGUGUUCACAGAUAUUUGCAACUAACAAUAUAACAGGUGAUCUUCUAGGUGAAGAUUUCUUGUUCCUCACAUACGACGUUUGACAAUUAAUUGCAAUCUCUUUUACUUCACUGAUCUAAUCUGAUCUACACCCACUGAUCUGAUCUACACCCACUCUGCUCUGAUUGGCUAUGAGGUUUUUGGCUCGAAAGGGCGGGAUCUAUCACUGUUAACUUUCUUCUCUUUGAUAUACAACUUAACCGAUAGAAGUACGUAGCUAGAUAACUUAAACAACUGUGUAAUUUUAAGCCCUUUGUAGGCCAUAUCAAAGAAAAUGGAAGCCAUCGAAACCUGCGAAGGAAACGUUAAAUUUCUCGCAAACAAUUCCCUUCAUCGGGCUCCGGAAAAUUUUUUAGAAAUAACUACAUCGUUAUGCUCUUUCGAUAUAUAGAAUUGUUGUUUUAACAUUGUGGUUUGAGAAUGAUAAGCGUAUGCUAAUGAGUAAGCGACCACCCAAAAGGCAAAGACUGAGUGGUCGCCUACGGGAGGUGGUCGUUUACAAGAAUCGAACCACAGGGGGCCUCUUCCGAGUAGAGGUCCGGGCACAUCUACUUUAUGGAGGAUAAUUUAUUGCAUGCAAUGUCUAAGUUACGCCAUGUGUAGUUCCAUGUUGUCAGUUCUUCGUUUAUAUUUAGUAGCAUAGUGCACACAACAUAGAGAUCACAGAAUGUGUCAAGUGGUCGCUUACAAGAGGUUGAAAACCAUGGAAAAUCAUUAACCGUCAGGCCCAAGAAGUGGUCGCAGUCGCUUACAGGAGGUUGUCGUUUACUAGAGGUUCCAACUGUAAGGCUUUGACUGGGAAAAUUUUGGUGUUUUGGAUUGGCGGUCGCUUAUGACGAGAUGUGGUCGCACAUGGAGUUUCGACUCCUGAUUAAAGGGAAAUAAACAAAAAUAACUUAAAUUAUUUGUUUUCUUUAUUCUAGUAAUUCUCCCAGAGAAGAUAAACUUAACGAGUCACGUGUUCAAUAUGACUGUGCGAGUCAGGGAGCACUCUCGAGAGCCAAUCAAAAUGCACACGACCUCUCAAAGCCCACGUGACGCAGACUUAAUGUUGCGCAUCUCUACCCCGCCCCGAGUGGGAAGGAUUUUGCGUAAUGGCAAGAUGAGCUACGAGUUUAGUGUCCAGGACUUGGAAACUGGGUUGAUAUUUUACGAGCACAUUGGUAGAGAGACUGGGCUCCGCGGAGACAUUGAUCACUUUAACUUGACUCUUUUAAAUGAAACAAAGGCCUGGAUCCGCGAAGGGCGACGAUAUGAAGGUACGUAUCUAUAUGUUUUUCUUCCCUUGAAAUUUUGGUCAAAGAUGCUUUGAAAACUGAACCUUAAAUUUUUGUUUUUUUGCUGGCUGAGGAAGGAAUGAAGAGGAAAAAGUUUUUCUUUCAAACGGCUAGGAGUAUGGGUUCGAGCUUGCGGGGGUCCAUAGGUUGUUUAAUGGUCGGCUUUGCAUGGCUACCAGUUGUGUGUGAGACGCUUAUGUUAUACUUAUCGCCAUUUAUUUUUGAGGCUUUGCCAGUACGUUUUACAUUUAGUAAAUUGUUUUAGGGCUUUGCUGAAACGGUUUUACAUAUUUAAAAACGUGAGUCUAACUCUUCUAUCGCAAAACGACAAAGCAGUAUUGUGCGCGAUGUAGAAAGAGUAAAGAAAAAAAGGAAGUCUCCUCUUUUUUUCCCCCGUGGGUCUUCUCUCCACUGAAAUAGGGUAGAAAAAGUGAUCAUGAGUCAAAGAGCUCUCUGUCUCUGUUAUUUGAGAAUUCUGACUGUCAACCUCUUUACAGUGACCAGUUGAGUCCAAAUUGGGUUGUGGUCGCAUUAUCGGCGACUUAAUUUAUUUGAGUAGUGCCAAUGUAUGUUGCAAGAAGGCACUAAUUGGGGACACUAUUUUUACGUCUCCAACUAGAGACGCCAUUUUACGUGGUCAUCCGAGCUACGUAGAGAUCUAGCCGCUUGCGGUGCAAAGGGAGUACCUUCAUCAAUCAGUUUUUUUAAGACCCUGAGUACUGCUCCGGCCCAUAGAAUCGAACGCGCGACUUUCCGCUCUGCAGUCAAGCGCUCUACUGACUGAGCUUAUCCUGCCGCGGUAAAGAAGACAUAAAAUAAGUUAAGAACCACCAUACUGAGAGACUAUUCCCUUUUUAUUUUUGAUUUCUAUUUUAUAGCGGUUGAAGUGGUUACUAUGAUCAUACCUGUUGAUAGUCAGCCACCCAAGGUUACUAAGAUCAAGCAGCUAGUUGUAAUGGAAGGAGGAUCGGCAAAACUGACAUCAGAACAUCUAACCAUCACGGAUCCUGACACGCCUGACGAUCGCGUUACAUGUAUCAUUGACGUCCAACCCACAGUGGGUUUUUUGGAGAAGGUCACGCCAUCUCCUGGAUCUGAGAUAAGUAACAGAGGCAAACGCGUCACGUCUUUUACCAUUGUUGACAUUAGAUCGGGACAUAUUAGCUAUGUGCAAAACCAGUUCAAGGGUACUGAGCCCGCGAUGGACCGGGUGGCUUUUUUAUGCUCAGACGGCAAUAAUACCUCACCGCGUUAUCUUCUUAAUAUCGAGAUUUCGCCUCAGAACGACGAGAAGCCGCAGAUAUUCACGCGUGAUUUCGUGGUGGAAGAGGGAGAUGAAAUCAUCAUGGAUGUUACUGUGUUGAAUGCAGUGGACGCGGACGUACCUCCCGACGAGCUGGUCUUCGAAGUUGUGACGCCACCGCGUCACGGCAUGAUCACGGAUAGCAGACAAGGUACACCAGUACAAAGUUUCCCUCUGACGCAAAUAAAAAAGUCAACCUCGAUCGUGUACCAACAUGAUGGAAGCGAAAGCACAAGAGAUUCGUUCGCGCUCUCCGUCUCUGAUGGUACAUACAACACCACUCGUACGAUACCCGUAUUUAUAAUCCCAGUAGAUGACGAGGAACCAACGCUUUCCGUGAAUGUGGGCUUGCGUAUCAAAACUGCAGGGGAAAGCAAAAUAAUCACGCCAAAAAAUCUCAGAGCUCACGACGUAGACUCCCCGGAUGAUAACAUUACAUUCCUAGUGCGCAGUUCUCCGCGGUCAGGGCAACUCAGAAAAAUAUACUCGAACGGGUCUUCUCAAAUCCUAGGCAAAGGAGAAAUGUUUUCUCAGAAGGACAUAAACGACAGGCGAAUAGUUUACUUUCAUAACGCACAAGUCCCUGAUGAAAGGGAUUACAUCAAAUUUGACUUAUCAGACGGUCAAAACACGCAGCUAAAUCAAGUAUUUUAUGUGGAGAUUAGUACGGGUGAUCGAAUCUACCCUACAGUUAUUAACAAAGGAGUGCGCUUAGCACAGAACACUCGCGUGGUUAUUUCAACGAAUGUUUUGAGCGCCAGCGAUAUAGGAAGUCCAAACGAGAAACUGCGGUAUUCGCUAGUGAAGCAGCCACAAAAGGGGCGUCUGGAACACUUGGACUUUCCAGGGGCGCGCUUAGAAGAAUUUACCCAACUUGAUUUGGCGGGAAAUAAAGUUGUAUACGUUCAUACGAGCACUGAUGAGGCUAAGGCAGACAGCUUUGAUUUUGAGGUUUCAGAUGGUACUAACAGCGUGGUCAGAACAUUUCUGGUGACACUUCUUGACACAGAUAACAAGAAACCAGUACUUAUAUCCAGCGACCUCGUGGUGAACGAAGGCGAAAAUAUACUAAUUACACCUUUUGAGCUUCGAGCAGAAGAUCAAGACACGCUGCCUGAGAAUCUCGUGUACACCGUCACGCGCGUUCCUCUACACGGUUGGAUUCUAAAUGGCGCGACGCCCUCGCGCGCGUUUACCCAAGAGGAUGUAAAUCUGAACAAAAUCUCUUAUGCGCACGAUGGCUCGGAGGUGAACAAAGACAGUUUUGAGAUCGCGGUUAGCGACGGAGCACACAACGAAUUCUACGUGUUUCCCAAUACCAAUACCUCUGCUCGUAGCAGUCAUAGGGUGCAGGUCGUUAUCAAGCCUGUGGAUAAUCGAGUCCCACAACUGGUUCUUAACCGUGGUGCCACUAAUCUUAAUAAAUUACCUGGUAAUCGACUCGGGUUUGUUAUAAGUAAUUCUGUGCUAAGAGUUGAAGAUCUUGACAGUAACAACUCGCAGUUAAUCUACACCGUCAUCUUCCCGCCAUCCAAUGGAAUUCUUACAGAGGCGGGAGGUCUUCAUGGCAACCAAAGUGUAAACAACUUUACUCAAGCUGACGUUGAUUCCAAAAACAUAAUGUACGUUCUCCAUCAUGGAUCUAAUGCUACAAACGAUGCUUUUGAUUUUGAAGUUUCUGAUCCUGCCGGGAACACGCUUCGACAUCAACGGUUUUCUUUAACCUGGGCGUGGGUGUCUUUAGAACGCCAUAGGUACGAAAUCAACGAAACUGACGGUGUUAUAAGCGUUGUAAUCAGCAGAAAAGGCUUUCUCGGAGAGGUUUCGUUUGCGGAGUUGUGCGUAAGGGGUGUGAAUGCAACUUUCGGGGAUGAUUUCUCUUUACUUGGUCCCGCGCAUGUGCAGUUCAGUCCCGGACAGAGCAAAGCGGAGUUCAAGUUACGCGUAAAGGAUGAUGGGAAAUACGAGGGUCCUGAAAUUGUCAAAGUGGAACUGAACAGUCCCCGGAUGUGCGUGAUCAAGAACCCUAAAUGUGCUAACGUGAUUAUCACAGACCCAGAAGAUGGUAUGUAUUACUUUGGCUCGUACGAGAGUUGCCUUUAAAUUUUUAAAUGCCAAGCGCAUGCUUUCCUUUGGCUUCUAACGUUCAAGAUUGUCGUAAAGGUUGAAUUUUUGUAUAAGCUGUGUGCAGUUUUUGACAACCUUUUCAAAAUAGGUGAAUUCUGACAGUUAAAUUUCGUCACCCAGCAAGCUCUAAACUUGAGGGAUAUACUGUGAGAAGUCCCGCGCGAGGAUCAAUCGAGAGGAUCGCCCGAAGGCGUCAGAGAGAGGGGCGCCUCCAUUCACGUGACGCUUGCUUGCGCCUGACUUUGCCCCUUCCAGCUGAUCGUAGGGUAACUUCGUGGCCAAAUCAAUUUUUUUGAUCUCUUUUGAACAGUAGUGUGAGUGUUGAAUUUCUUUUCAUUGGUCUCUCAUUUUAGUUCCGUCGGUGGAAGUUGUUAGCGAUCGGCUAGUUGUCGAGGAAAGCGUCAGAGAAGCUAAGAUUCCCUUGAGAAGAACUGGAGAUAUUAGUCAGCGGUUGUAUGUAACUUGUGUGACACACUCCUUCAUCGAGGAAGGUAUGUUGAAAAGAUUUUAAAAAUAAAAAAUAAAUUUUAUACAUCACAACCACCAUCAUUGCACCUUUUCAUUAUGUUGCUUUCAAGUAGAAAUUUGCAAAUAAUGGCGUGAGUUGAUAACAUAGCAAGAGCUUCGAUCUCGGUUUUCUGGAUGAUUUAUUAUUGUUGGCAAAUACAUCACCUUGUCUUAUGUUGAUUUUAACCGGAUAAUCAGCUCGUCCUCAAAAUAAGUAAGGCCGAGUUCACAUGUUGUACUCACUUAGCGGUUGUUGGCCCCUAGUGGAGUAUAGGCCAUCGACAAAAAGUCCCCCUCCCCCAUCGAACACUUUUUGGGCUUUUCUUUCUGCGUCAUUACACCCCGCACGGAGGAUUCUCCCCUCCCAGAACGGGUUGACUUUGGCUUGUCAUCGAUGCCUCUGUAACAAAGAUUUUCUCCAGGUAGGGGUGUUGGCCCUAAGCAAACCCAUUUAACCUCUGGUAGAGAAGGUCCGAUUUAGUCUGGCCUCUACCCUUUUCCCUGUCCAGCAUAGGUGACUCUACCAGGAGCUUGUGUUCCCGCUGUCAUAGCUCUCCAGGUCACUGGAGCAUGCAAGCCACCACACCGCGGCAAUGAAUGGAGCAUGUGGUUAACAUAGCUAUACGAAUCGUGAAUGUGGUGUUUAUUAUUUUCUAAAUAUUGUCUCCCAGGCUGGGCUACCGGUACCAUACCUACAUCUAUAUCGUCCUACGCAGACUUCAUUACGAGGCCUGCAGGCAAGGAAAGCGUCAUCACAUUUGAAAAGGUUAGCAGUGACCUGAGCAGUUUCUCAAACAACGUGUGUGUGCUGAAUUUCAUGUGCCGCAGAAUAUCAGCAACUACCACUAGUAGUGACUUGCCAUAGUCUAAGACACCGUUGUAUGGUCGGCAAUAGACGGAGACGGAGAUUGUAAAACGGUUGCGCGGGAGACUGGGUUUAUGUUUGUCGAAUUGCACUAUGGGGCUUUUUUGGGCGGACGCUCCCACUUCUUUUAUUGGCUAGAAUCAUUAUGAGGUUGCGCAGCAAACUGAGUCCAAAUUCAUCCUCCAAAACAGUCCCACAGUGCAAAUCAGCAUCACGAUAUAGUCCCAGUCUCAACCGCAUCCUAAAAGUGGCCAAUAUAACAGUUUUUUUUAUUUGAUUGACAGAAUCUACACUAUCUCUUAACAAAAACAUUUUUCUGUCCUGCGCUGUAGUUUGAACAAAAGCAUUAACUUUCUUGGUUCCCCCUUUCUGAAGUGAUGUCACAAUUUUCAUUAGCCUUCUCUUUUCAUUGGGCGCAUUUGUAUUUCAGCGAAAUUCAUUAUUUUCACAUAGACCAUAAUGCACCUUGUUUACCCCCAAAGUUUUAGAUAUCCAUUGUUUUCAAUUUCUCCUGGGUAUUACAGUCGUUCCAACAGAGAUCGAAGAUAAUCAGGGUUAUGCGGUUAUGCAAAAUUAAGGGGGUUAAAGAAGGUGCAUGUUAUUAUCUGUUUGAAAGUGGUGAAUUAACAUUCGAUGUUUUUAAAUGCUUUUAAAACCGCUGCAUGAAAAAUCAAGAUGGAAAAGUUCCGGAAAACAACUUAGUGGCUUUAGCAGCCAAGCGGCCAGCGGAAGAGAUGAAAAGCUGGUUGUAGUUUAUAUCAUAUUGCCUUUGUCGUUUUAGGGAGAGUCAACUAAAGACUGUCCAGUUAUGAUUAUUGACGAUUCUUUGUACGAAAACGAGGAAACAUUUUAUGUGACAUUGCUGUCUCAUCUUGGGAGCAAAAUCAACCACGAACGGAACACGAGCGCGGUGAUAAUAGCCCCAGAUUCGAAAGACGGUAAGCUUGACGUUUGCAAUUAUGGGACUUGAAAUUUGGCGUUACCAUUAGAUUUGCUGAAUUCGAAAUGCUGUCAUUGUUAUUUACAUAUGGUGGGUGAAAGUUCUAAGGAGAGAUGAUGGCAAGGGGGCGUGAUUGGAAUUAGUAGAAUUGCAUGAAAAACUGGGCUCUGACAAGAGUGUAGCUUGUCGAUAGAAUUUUCGAAUUCGCUAUGUAACCGGCAUUAAUUCAGUUGCUAAGUGUUACCUUAUGUGCGUAAUGACUAAAAUAUCCCUAACCCCGUUAGUGAAUAAGAGGUUAGCAUGUCUAUACUAAGUUUCUUUGCUUAUCUUGCUUUAGAACCAAAGAUAUUUUUUGACCCGUCGAGUUACAUUGUUGAUGAAAGUGUUGGCAAGAUGCAAGUCACUCUUCGGAGGAAUGGGACCGACCUUUCAAAGUCAUCCUCAGUAUUCGUGAGGUCGAGGCAGAUAGACCCAAUAUCUGCGCGAGGUAAGAUCAGCUGGCGCGUUACUGAAACACAUUUUGGUUUCGAGAUGUUGAUUGACCAUUUGAUACUCUGUUCCUCCCCAAUUAUUCUUCAUUCUUGUAUAUGUUUAUAUCUCGUAGCCAGUGAAGACUAUACUCCAGUUAUCCAGAUGGUCUACUUUGCUCCUUAUUUCGAGCGUCAGUCAAUGGAAGUAACAAUCCGUGAUGACAAAGGUCUCCCCAGAGUAGAGGGGACAGAAACGUUUGAACUGGUUCUUAGGACUCCUAUUAAUACUGGUAUUAAGGAACCUAGCAACGCUGUUAUUGCUAUUGAUGACUCCAUAUCUGAUUGUAAGUUUUCUUUAAAGAUUUUUAUCCAUUUUAAAAGCGAAUUCCCUUUGUCGCCUCUUUAGCCACGCCCGUCACGGCUCCCCCACAAAGCAGGCUCCUCCUUUAUAGCGACCUUUCACUAAAACGGCCUCUUACAUUGGUCCUUGUGGUUAGAAAGUCUAGGGAAAGCGAGGCAGUAACAGCGAAAAGGCCAUUAGUAAAAUGGAUUCUCGCUUUUUCAAACUUCCUAGCGGUUAUUCCCGUUGGCUCAGUAUAUUAAUAUUAGGUGAACUUCCCUGGCGAAAUCGGCACACAAUGAUAGCGGUUUAUCAAAAACUUUAGAGAAAAUAAAGUCCAAAUGAUGAAAAACCUAAAAUACAGCGAUAAUUAAUGUAAGAGGAAUUUUUCUUCUCUUUUUUGGUCGAUGUAAAUUGAAUUUAGCUUUAAAACUCUAUUUUCUAGUACCCAAAGUGCAAUUCGUGAAGACUUCAUAUUCCACCAAUGAAAAAUCAGGUGCAUUUAGUGUCACGCUGAUGCGCACCGGAGACCUGUCAUACACUUCAACGGUCCGUUGCUACACCCGGUCCAUGACUGCGCAAGUGCAAAGAGACUUCAAAGAGCGUACCGACACAGACGCCUCAAUAAUACUGUUUAAUCCAGGAGAGACCCAGAAGUCAUGUCCUGUAACAAUCGUGGACGAUCUCGUGUUUGAGGGUCAGGAGACGUUUAAAUUGAAACUUGGAAGCGCGGACAGGAACACUCGGAUUGGAGAAAGGAACGAGACCGAAAUAGCCAUCCUAGACGAAGCCGAUAGUAAGUACUUUGAUAACCUGAUUUAAUAAAGGUUGCUUUUGGUAUUGGACAAUUGUGUGUUAGGAAGCUAUUGUUUGGUGGUUACUCAAACGAUCAAUUUCAAUAAGUUCCGUAUAUAUGCCCAAAUACCCAGUGACCAAUUGGCAAAGCAACCUUUAUUGAAUUAGCUAUAUAAACAUUUGUUAUUCGUUAUUUUCACCGGAAUAUAACACACCUUUCCCCCCCUCUCCCCUCCCUUCCCCUCCCCCUCCCCCCCCCCCCCCCCAAAAAAGGAAGGAAGAUAGAAAGAAAGAAAAAGAAAAUAUUUUUUAUAACCAUUGUCGUCGAUUUCUCUUGGGACGACUGUAAUACCCUGGAGAAACUGAAAACAAUGGUUAUGUAAAAUUUUGGAGGGUGAAAAUGGUGGACGCCGGAAAAUUAAGAGUCAUGAUCCUGCUCAAUUAACUUGGUCAAUUGGAGUCUAGGAGGUUUUAAAUGAAAGCGUUUUUCCUCUGAUACCCCAUCGCCGCUCGAGCUUUGGCCGAAGAUUUGUUGGCCUAUGGCCGAUUGUAAAGCCGAAGAUUUGUCGGCGUAUGGCCGAUUGUAAAGCAUUUCCUCGCAGCACAAGAAAAAAAAACCCUGUGGUAACCAGAGUAUAGAGUUAUUCAUUGUUACGUAAACGCAGUACAUAAUGGAAGAUGUAAUAAAAUUACUAAAGAACAGAAUGUCAGUUUGAAAUCUUCUCGUUUUUUGACAUGCGUUUGAAUAUGAAUACUCUAAUUUGUAAGGCAAUUGGAAAUAGCGAACAUCUCUUUAACCACCAUCCUGUACGCAUUGCGCACCUACGUUUUUAAUAGGCCCGUUGCAAGUUUUGGGGGACUUAAAUUGACUUUUCCUCUUUCCUGCAGAACCAGUUAUUCAGUUCACGAAAGAGAGAGUAUUUGUAGCGGGCCCUGUAGUAAGGAACGCGCAUGUCGAGGCACGGAUAACCUUAAAAAAGACAGGUGACCCUUUCACAAGGUCAAAGGUCAGGGUGUAUACACUUGAUGGAUCCGCGAAGGCUGGUAAAGGGUAUCAGGCAAUGACACAGGUAAGGACGAAAAUACUUUCCGUACGUAGGAGCCGAUAACCUGAAGCGAGCAACUUCCAUGUGCUCGUGUCACGGCGUUUUGAAGGACCAGUUUAUUUUUGGAACGGUUUUGCCGCGAAUUUAGAGUAUCUUUUAAGUCCCACAAACCAGUCGGCAACACCUAAAAAUGAUAAUUUUUGCCUUUAAUGACGUUACCUUUUCCUUUUUGAUAUCUUAUACUUCGAAUGCGUUCAUAGAUGUGGCGGAGAUUCCAUUUUCGCGGGAAAAAGUGCCCUAAAAUAUCUCUAAAAAUAAACUGGUCCGUAAAAACGCCGUAACAUAGGCCUAGUAUGGGAGUUGCUCGCUCCGGGAUAUGGGCUCCUGCCGUACGUCAACCAUCUCUUAAACGGAUAUCUCUGUAGCACGGACACUUACUGUCGGUCACAACGGCUUUGAUGUACCCGAAUUUGCUGAUGCACAGCGUUUUGGGACAACAUAAAACAACCACAGAAGCCAAACAUUGACCACCAGGUUUAAGCUUACUCCGUAAACUGACCUCACCUGCGAAUGAUAGCGAUACCAUUACAAAAAAUAUAUUGUUCUCUCGCUCCAAGUGAGAACGAGAAAAACCAGUUAGCCCUGCUACAUUCGAAAAUUCGUGUGCGAUCAGCUCAGGUAAAUUACCUUCAAAUUUUGGCUGUUUGGGCUGUCGCUUACGGGAGGUUUUUAAAUUCCCAAUUUCUUUUUAUAUUUCUCAGAUUUUAGAGUUUUCCCGAGGUAACUCCAGUCACGUGGUUGUAGUUAAAAUCCUGUUCGAUGCUCAAAGAAAGAUUCGUCGCGCGUUUACAGUCCACUUGAGCCCGGAUUUUACUGGCCACAGUGAGCUGGGAAGGAAGAAAGUUAUUGUGUACAUCGAGCAGCCAUCACGUAAUCCCGCCGUCACUUUCCCACUCCCGCCAAGGGUCGUAUCAUUGCGUGACUAUGAUGAUGUCAGUGGGGCGGAAUCUGAAAUGAUCAAGGGCUAUCCACUAAUAUGUGUCACAGUAAGUAAUUAUAGUGACCACUUCUACUUUUGUUGAGCCUACCGAUAUAAGUGACUCUCUUUGGACAGCAUUUUUACGUGGCGCUUAAUCCAAAAAAUUGAGUAUCCACUUUUCUGUUAGACACGCGGCAACAAGGUGUUUUAUCACAUAUGAAACACCAACAAAGGGAGUUGAAAGCAUGCUACUUGUACGUUUCGGACUUUGUGGUGACUUACGAAUCACUGUAUCAAGUGUUUGAUACCAAAUCUUAAACGAUUUUGAAGAACAAACUAAGAAUAAAAACGAGGAGGUUUUUAAUCACAUGCUUAAAUACGUUACGGACUAUUAUAUGGUCAUGGCAUUUAUAAGAAUAAUACUUUUGAGAUGUUCUUGAUCCACCCUCCGUAGUUACGGAAUGUCCGUAAGUGUUGCAUGCUGUACCGCGUGUUUCCCUAAAAAUAAUUACUCAGCGUAGAUUAAUAACCACAAUAUUUUAUUUCCUCACACAGGCCUGUGAUCCUAAGUAUCCCAGAUACGCCGAAACUGGCUCAAUUUGUUCUUCACAACGAAUUAAUAACAAGCUGACACAGUUCCGUUGGCAAAUCGGCGAGGAACUAAGAGACUUAACAAGUGACACGUUUUUCGCUAAAACUGAUCAAGUUACUUUGGAUAGCAUUUACUUGGUACCAGGCAGUCGGGUGCGAUGUGUCGCGCGUGCCGUCAAUGACCGCGGUGAGCUAGGCCUAGAAUCGAGAAGUGCUCAAGUCAACAUCAGUAACCAGAGGGGUCUAUGCACACCGAGCGGCUCUGAUCAGGUGGGAUCGCAGCAGAUUGAAGCAUCCAUUUCCUUUACAGGAGCAACGGGAAAUAAGUACUCCAACAAAGUCCAUAUUAAAGUUAUUCUCCCUCAUACGGACGGCCUGAUACCACUAAUAUCGACAACACGACUUGCAAAUUUCAAGCGAAUACUUCGUCCAGGCGUGCUAAGGAUAGCGAAACACAAAUGCUCCAAUCUUUUAGACUUGAACGAAAUCACCACAAGUCUUGGGUUUGUAGCAGAUUCUAUUAAAGACCACAAAGGUAUGAAUGAGGGUGAACCAUAUCAGUUUAGCGAGGAGCUUAGGAACAACAGCACUUUACGCUUCUACAGAAAUCUCGACCUCGAGUCUUGCUUGUGGACCUUUAACAGCUACUACGACAUUUCAGAGCUCACGCAGUUUUGUGGCGCUACAGUGACAUCAGACGAACAGUCGAGUGAUAUUGCCCAAUCACAGCUCACCGUCCGCGUACCUUUGUAUGUUUCGUUCGUGCAUCGCGUACCGAGGACGAGGGGAGACUGGGUUCACUACGAUCAUGCCAUGUUUUUGCGGCUGCACCUCACGUACGACACCGCUGUACUGUUGAAUAAUGGCGUGCAGACUCCUGAGGGAGACUUGUUCUAUGGAGAACUAUGGCCUACUGCUAUUUCUGUACGCGCAGAUGAUAAACGACUGGUGGUCAAUUUUAAAACCAAAACCAAGUUCCGAGGAAUUUACUUGAUCAAAAAUCCAAGUAUGUAUUUCUGGCUUGCCAUUACUUAAUUUAGUGUAAAGCCCUGAAAGAAGAGACGCGAUAAAACAUCGGAUAUAUCUCGCCGUUUCGACGUUAAAUAUAUCAUAAAACGCGUUUGAAAGUAACGACCCUGUAUCUACUUGCGCUUGCCUUAUUGAUUCAUAAAAGCGAAACUGACAUUCUUUGCGACAAUUGAUAAAACUCUCUUUUCGUGACCCAUCAAAUCUGAAAACAACAUCUCCCCUUUUAAAACCAGGUUUCUUUGUAUUCGUGUUUUCAGGCACUGAAGCGACUGCGCAGGUUAUAUCACGUGAGCGGCCACACCUCAGUUUUAGAUUAAAACUGUCAUCAAGUCAACAAACCUACAACUACCCACAGCAGAGCUGGCAGUUUCAAUCCCAGUAUGCACUGCGAGAUUACACUGGAGUAUAUUUCAUUAAACUGAUUCCUUGCACAGCGGACGAGGUUGGUGUAAAAUAAUCCUCUUACGAGUUUAAUUUUCAGUGCUGAUUCUUCCUUCUUUUUUCCAUAUUGCGUUUUGGUUGCCAAGGGUUCAGUUGAACUCUUGCACGUACCUAAUGUUGUAUUUCAUUGAACUAAAGCUCCUGAAAUACAAUGUAAUUUUUUUCCUAUGCUUGCUUUCUGAAUAGGGCAGGUUAGAUUCCCCUAAUCUGUUUAACUAAAUGGUCUUGAGGCUAAAAGCUAAAAACAAGCCAUAGAUCAGCCAAAAUUGGGCGGCGAAAUUACUGAAUAUUACCAUCGACCAUCUCAAGUCCUCGUGGGCGUCGUAUUUAAUGUCAGGAAAGGAUACAGCUUACGAAAGAUUCUUCAUACAGUUUUUUUUACUGACCAUUGUGUCAAACGAUAUUCUAGGUGGUGAAACUAAACGAAGAACUGAGCAAAGUUUCUGUAGAGCAUUGAAGUCGGUGAUAUUUAGCAUUUUUAUUGACUUUUUAACUCCACUUAGGGAGCAGUCUACGCAGAGCCACUCACGUGUCAUCCACGUGAUCCGGUGACUUUCACUUUGCCAAUCAGAUUCCAACAAGUUCCCGAUCCAGUUCCCGCUAAAUUCACUCUGUCCGCCAAGUUCUUUCUGAUGUCGCAAAAAGAUCAGUGGCUGGACCGUGUUAAAAUGGGCGAUUUUAAAGUAGAUGCUGCAUUUUCUAAAGGUAAGGUAUUCAAAAACAGAAUAUCAAACAGGUUGCCUUUGGUGUUUAAAGCCUAUGGCUGCUUUAUGGCCCCCAAUCCCCCUCUCCUUAAUUCUAUCUUUGGCGUCGGUAGUUCUGUCGUUGAAAAGCCGAAAGACAUAACUAAUAAGAUAUAAACGAACUUAAUUCAAGCGCUUAUGUGAAUUUUUGGAUUUCUUGAAUUAGUCUCCUGCCACCGUAAAAGUACGGUUAAACAGCUGGGGCGGAUCUAGGGGGAGGGGGCAGGGAUGCGCCCCCCCCCCCCCCCUGAGAUGAUCUGCGGUUUCCUAAUACAACUGGUAUUCUGUAAAAAAAAAACUGUCUGGUUUGUUGGUGUUGAAGUAGAGCAAGAGACGAGUGCACCCCCUCCUAAAAAAAAUCCUGGAUCCUCCCCCGAACGGGCAACAAAAACCUGCAACUUGUCUUGCAACAUUUCUGCAAAACGAGUUUAAUAGAUACGUUGCUCGUUGAACCAACCACAACAAACCUGACUUGCAACAAAUCUGGUUGUUAACAGGUUUGAACAAGGGUUGUAAAACGCAGCAAUGUUGCAAAACUAGUUUCACGUUUAUGUUGCCUGAUUUACCGAAGCUUAAGACUAUCAUAUCGAAAAGUUUUGUAAAUGUUAGGUUGGCGUGUCGCCUCUUUAAAUUUGUUUUUCAAAAUUUUCCCUCGUCAUAUCAUUUCUGUUGAUUCAAGUUAAGUUUCAUUUAGUGAACUGUUUUAAAAUGCUACACGAACAAACCUGGUUUUCUUUCUUUCGUCAAGAGAUGCAGUAUAUGUAGCAUUUGAUAUAAGGAAGAAGGCUUGGCCGAGUUGGGUACAGACUAGGCUCUUCAUUCCUUAUUAUGUUGUACUAUUCUUACUACUGUCUUCACAUUUACAGGCUCAAAAAUCUACGGGCGCAUCAGUUUAAAUGAGGCAAGUGGACUAGGGAGGAGAGGGAAGGGAUAUGCCUUGGCAACAGAGAAGGUUUAUUUGUGCACUGGUGUCGGGGAGUACAUACCCUCUUACGAUCCAUUGAAGAACAAGUUUGGCUGCAUGGCGAAGUCGCUCUAUUUGGAACAUCAACUCAAAGUCCUGGUAAGUCGACUGUGUCUAAUAACGCGCUAGGAUGCCCGCGUAUUAGUAAGAAGAUGGUUUUCUGAUAGAUAUCCUUGAAGGUAUCUCCUGUACGGGAAUGCCCCGCCUGAAAGGGGUACCUAUUUUGGUUAGAGAUGAGGGGAUAUCAGGGGUUGAAUUCUUGAGAAGGGCAAAGAAAUUUGCCGUUUAGUUAUUUUUAAUUGCCUAAAAGAAACUUCACUAACUGACAGUUAAACAGUUUAAACGUUUUUUAUGAGUUACGUAAGUUUUUUACCUUUUUAACUUUUCACCAGGUUUUAUGAGUUUAAAGUACCCCAAGAAAUUCCCUUCUUUCGUUUUACAGGAUAGGGAAGAACCAAGUUCUGUAGACAAACACCUCUCCGAUGUACCCUUUGAAGCGAAGUUUGCUGAAGAAGAGACCAACGCAACGGAGUUCUCCGAAAAUCCUGGAUCCGAUGGUUUUGUUAUGAAUAGCGCACCCCUUUUUGAGGUAGUAACUUCGAAUCACAGAAUACAGUAGUUUUCAAACUUGUUACGUUAUUUUCGGUGCUUUCAUUUCAUCACCUGAGAGGUAUUCUCUUGUUCAUAAACUGUAACAGCAAUGAUACGAUCUUUGGACGCAAAGUUUACUGGGAUUGUUUAGGUAGACAAGCGUUUAAAAAUUUGGUUCGUGGUCUCCAAGGACAACCAUUUACCAAUCAUAACUCACGCUUCUCUCCCAAGUGAUCCCAGAAAGCUUUGUUCCAAAAGGUUGUAUCCAUUCUCUCUUUAGCCCCAAUUUUUGGAGUGGCAGUUUAUGUCGAUAUAUAUUUAGCUCCGAGGCUAAUGUAGCAAAACAAAUCGCCUUGAGCUUCAGGGAUAAUUAUUACAAUACUUUUGUUACAUUCUCCCAAGCCUUGGAGCCUGCUAUGAACUUUGAUCCAUCGAAAUGGGUCCAUUUGACUUCAAUUUUUCAACAACCGGUAGUCACGAAAGAAAUUACUACAUGAAUGUCAAGAAGGAUUCUCUAUAGGUAGACAAGAUCCCCGCAGAGAAACUGGAUAAGAAAGGGUAGCCAAGAUGACAAAUACGAGGCUAAUUCUCCCAGAUUCUUCUCUUCAUUAGAUCUCUUUUAAAGGUUUAUUGACACAUUUUGUUUUCACUCUAGGUUUAUGUUAUAAAUGCUCUCUCAAAUUGCAGGUUCCUAGAAACCGGAAAUGGUUUAUGCAUGCUAUUUACUCCGUCACUUCCGGAAGUCGCUCCAGGCGCGCUCUUUCAGUAGAACAAGAAAUCCAUUCAAAGACCUCCUUUUCUUCCCACGUGUUAUCUGAGCUGGAUAAUAGCCUCGUUCACAGGUUGUUUCGCCGCGAUGCUGCCGGUAAGAGGCAAAUUGGAGUUAGCGGACAAGGCACAAAUAUCAAGAUGAUUCGUUUGUUGCUUGAUCCAGAGGAAGUGCAGCCUGAUUUGCCUUCGAAACAGAUUGAGAAACAGACGGAUACUAAGGAAUCCCAGGAUUCAAGCUUAGUAAACCCGCUGGUCAUUGGUAUCACGGCUGUUUGCGUCGUACUUCUGGUUGCCUUAGUGGUCGUGGGCAUACUGUUUAGACGGAAACUGCUGACCCAACAAUCCUUGAGUGCUCCGACUGUGAAGAAUUCAAAGGAGGAGUCGAUUGCACAGGGGGGAGGGGUAGCGGUUUAGCUGCAGCUUAUAAAAGUGUACAAAUGUAAAGUUGAUUACAAUGUGUUAUAAAACUAUUUCGAGAUAAAAAAAGCUGCGCAACAUGGAAGUGAUACCAUGUAAAUUUGCGAGUGAUUUGCUUAAACGCAACAAAGAUAUUGCCGGAAAGAACACGUCGCAUGACUUUCAGAAGUUCAAUGAUUGUCACGCAAUUUAAGAAAAUGUUACGCGCCAAAAUAAACAGAACCGCUUAUGUUCUAACCACUACCACUACGACAAACAGUACAGUUUUGCUUUAAGUUGCAGCGCAAGAUGCUGAUCAUCAUAAGUGAAAGCAAUAACUGAAGAUAAAAGUAUAAUGUUGUUUAUAAUAUAGAAUUGCUAUUUUAUUGAUACAAGGUCGCUUCACAGACCAUAGUUCACUUGGAU